CACUACGAAGGUGUAUUUAAACUGAACUGUGUGGUGGAGAGAGACGGGCGAGCGAGGAGAGAGAGGAACACACACACACACACACGUCAGGCACAACAACAGCAACAACAACAAUAACAACAGGUACUCGCUCAUCAGGGAUCGAUCAACCAAAUCGGGUAUCUUCUCUUGUAAUUUUGAGGCUCCGUUGGAAAGAUUUUGGAGAUGUCCAACGUCCAGUUAUCGAGCAGCGCGCUGGAGAGGCUGGUGGCCCGGAGGACCUUCCCUCUCCACAGACGCACAAGCGUCUGCCGCAACCUCUUUGGUCCGGUGGAUCAUGACGAGCUCAGCCGGGACAUGAAAGCCAAGCUGAGAGAGAUUUCCGAGCGGGACCAACAGAGAUGGAACUUUAAUUUCGAGACCAACACCCCGCUGGAUGGGAAUUACGAGUGGGAAGAGGCGCCCGUGGAUAAGACCCCGGCGUUUUAUCGGGACUGUGUUCAGAGCGACAGGACCAGGGUGCCUGCCACUCCCGUCAAGCAGACGCCCUCCGCGGACUCUGUUCUCCCGGAGCCCCCUCGUUUGGAUGUAAUGGAGCGCCUGGCUUUGCCCGAGAACAGCAGCACUCCCUCCCCGGUGGAGGUCAACCAGGAAAACCGCUCAGACAAGCUCAACUCAGGGAAGCCGACUCACAGACAGGUCCCGUGUGUUAGACGCAAGAGGACGGCCACUACUGACAACAACACACACAUCACAGACUUCUUCGUGAAACGAAAGAGGGCUGCUGAUAGAAAAUCUAAUGAUGUGAGCGGCUGCCAUCAAUCCAAGUCCCCAAUCCCGGUGGAACAAACUCCACGUAAGAGGAUCCGUUGAAGGUCGUUUUGCACUAUAUGCCUGCGCAUUUUCGAGGAUCGAGGGGAGGAUGUGCCCUCCCCAACGCCACCCCCGCCCCCUGCAACUCAAAACGCCGGAGAAGAGAAGACAGGGGACGGUGUCCGGAGACAGAAGCCCCGACCGGCCGGCCGCCGCGGCUCGGUGCGCCCCGGCGGAGCGCAGCCUGAACACCAGAACAGAUUCUCAGGACUGAAACGGUUUGAGGGGGAGGGAAGGGAGUGGAAAGAGCAAAAUUUCGCCGAAUGACUUCUAUCCAGUACAAAUGUAGCAUUCAUUGUUGCUUUUGCAUACAGCCACUCGACAGUGUUAAAUGUUUUAACAUCUGUGCAAUCCUAAAUUACUUUAAAAAAGAAUUGUCUACACUGGCCAAAAGUGUACAGCUUUAUAGAGACAAUAGCUUAUAAAUGUUUAUUUCUGUUCUGUUUUUUUCUGUAAAUGUAUAUUUUAAGACUAUUCUAACUUAUAAUUUAUUUAUGUUUCUUUAUAUUUGUUAAAAUGCCUUGACGAUUUAGCCAGAGGGCAUAUUUUUAUUUUAUUUUAUUAUUUCCAUUUUGUAUUGUGAUGUUUUGCAAUCAUGUAGCUUCCCCAUAGUAGUUCACACUUGAAAAAAAAUAGGUUUCUUUGUGUUUCUGAGCCGUUUUUUGUGUUUUCAUACAAGUGCCCUAAUUAUGUCUUGCAAGAGAUGAGAAUAAAAUAUUUUUCACUUCAACUUUA